CCGCGAAACCCUCACUUUCCCCCCAUUGCUCGCCUCUCUCUUCCGUGCGCGGCGGCGGCGCAUCUAGCAAAUAGCAGAGAGGCCGGCGGGAGGUGAGUUCCUUCUCUACUCGUUCCCUAUCUCCUCUGCUUCGUCUCGUGUGUGCCCGCCGGCCGUUGUGGAGGGUGUUCCUGGGCGAUGUGCGCAAGGAUUUCCGGCGGCGGCGCGGCUGGAUCUCAAGGCCGGCGGCGGCUGGGGGCCUCAGGAGGCGCGCACUUGGCUGGAUCUGAAGCCUGGCGGCGACAGAUGGAUCUGAAGGCCGGCGACCGGGGGCUUCAGGAGGCGUGGCCGGAAAGUUGAAGGCCACCGUCAGUACAUCCAGCAGCAGCAGCACAACUACAAUCUGAGGCGCUUGACAAGACCCGGUUAGGAGGAAAGGCCAUGAGCAAGAAUUCCAGUGUCUCUACGUUCAGCUUUAUCCACAAACUAACACAACGCACUGGCUUAGGUAAUCGUCAGUUGCGCGGCAUUGUGCAGCUGCAGAAGGCACGCAGCCAGCCGCCCAGCCCGAUUUGAGGUGGACCACCCUGUUUCAAAAUCUUUGAUCCGCCAGCCAGCCGCUGCUGCCACCACCGUCAGAGGCAGAGUCUUGGCUUCCAACCGUCCUCCUGCGGCCUUCUAGCCGCUGCCACCACCUGCGGCCACCAACCUCUCUCCUGCACGCAGGGGGUCCCACAGCAACUGAACCACCUCUCGCAGUCCAACAAUGGAGGGUCUCCUCGACAGGCCCCUGAACCCGAACAAGCUUCUUAAGGAGCAAUUCGUGAGCAACCUGACGGGGUCGUCCCUUCUGGAGAUUGCGGCGCUCUCCACUAUCGUGCCGGCAGUGGUGGUUUUAAGGAAAUGGAGCAGCAGAGAUAAUAUUAGGAGGGAUUCAGUGAAGAAAAAUGAUGAUGCUCUUGCUGAUCAUAAAGAUGGAGUGUAUUACUUUUCAGCGUUGGUUAUAGAUUGUCUCACUGUUGUAUUGCCUAUACUUCUGAUUUUCACGAUCUUAGCUGAAUGGGCUUAUAUUUGUGCAAUUUCUCUUGUAGUUGUGAUAUCUAUCUACAUCUUGCUUAAAAGGUCUCAGUCUCAUCUCAAGGCUCAACAACACCUGCCUUCUCUUAGGGCAGACAUAUCUUCUUACCGAGUGUCAGUGGUUUUAGUGACAUGCUUGUCCAUAUUGGCAGUGGAUUUCAAAAUCUUUCCUAGACGGUAUGCAAAGGCUGAAACAUAUGGUAGUGGCAUUAUGGAUCUCGGAGUAGGGUCUUUUGUAGUGGCUAACGCACUGGUGUCUAGACAAGCACGAAACAUAACCUCAAUGAGAUGGAAGGCAGCACUGAGGUCCAUAAGUCCUCUAGUAUUUCUUGGCUUUGCUCGUCUUAUCUCUACAUCAGGUGUUGAUUAUCAGGUGCAUGUAGGAGAAUAUGGUGUCCAUUGGAACUUCUUUUUCACCCUUGCAGCAGUUUCUAUCCUUACAUCCAUUAUCAGGAUUCAUCCUAAAUAUUGCGGGAUAGUUGGUAUGCUUGUUCUUGCAGGAUACCAGGUAUGGCUAAAUUUUGGGUUGAAUGAGUAUCUCACAUCUGAUGAGAGAAGUGCUGAUAUCAUUGGCCAGAAUAAGGAAGGCGUGUAUAGCAUAUUUGGAUACUGGGGUAUGUACCUGAUUGGUGUAUCUCUGGGUUACUUUUUGUUUCAUAACCUUAGUUCAAAAGGAAAGAUCAGGAGCACUCAAGUGGUAAAAGUCUGGGUUCUCGCGGCAUCAUUUUGGAUUUUGGCGAUCAUUCUUGACAGCUAUGUUGAAAGAGUUUCUCGACGAAUGUGUAACUUCGCCUAUGUUAUGCUUGUGUUUGGCCAGAAUUUUCAGGUUAUAUCUAUUCUCACACUAGCGGGGUCCAUUUCACAUGACAAGAAUUUGGUUCUUGAGGAAGCAUUCAAUCAAAAUAUGCUUGGGGUAUUCAUUGUGGCAAAUAUCCUAACUGGUCUAGUAAAUCUCUCAGUUGACACGCUUUCGGCCUCUCCCCUCGCUGCCUUCAUGAUUUUGGUAGCAUACACCUUUACUUUGUGCAUGCUUGCUGGUCUUGCUCAGUUUUCUGGUGUUAGGAUAAAAUUUUGGUGAAUAUGGAUUUUGUCUGGUACUGUACUUUGUAUGUAUGGAGUAUUUAAUCUUGAUUUUGAGGAAGACACGUUUGUGUAUUAAAACCGAGCCCUUAGAGCUCAUAUGUGGUCAAUUACCAAGGCCCUACCCAUUGCAGGUGGUAUAUGAAUCGAGGUGAGUGUUGUUUAUUCACACAGUACUCGUGAGAUCCAAUCUAAUAAAGAGAAUAAUCCUUAAA